UACUACUGCGUAUAAUUUCAUCCACCCGCCGAGAUUCGACCCAGGAUGUUCGGAAUCCUGUAAAAUUGAAGAAGAAGAUGCAUGGAAGAUGAUGAUGACGAUGGAAGAUGUAGGAGAAGAUGAAAUUGAAGAAACAGCCUUUUACGAACAUAGCAUUCCACAGUGGAGACACCCUUUCACAUGCUGAUAGCGUCAACAACAAAACAAGUUCAUCAGUGCGUCGAACAAAAUACUAUUGAUUGCUCUAUGCGGCAUGGCAUUUGACAGCAUGCUGCAGCUAUGUCGUCAGCCGAGAAGAUUCCAUACCCAUUCAAAAUCAUUCCGCUGGAAGACGAACUGCAAAAGAGGAUUGCUAAGGACUUUGAGGGAUAUCCCAAUGGACUGGUGUCAACCAACGACUGGGGCUUCAAGCUGUCUGGUACAAUCAACGAAGCCCUGCUGGAGGACCUGUACAACUACCCGCUGGACCCGCGGGACGUCUGGGUGGUGACGCCACCCAAGUGUGGCACUACCUGGACCCAGGAGAUGGUGUGGCUCAUCGCCAACGAUCUGGACUACGAGGGGGCCAAGACGCCCCUUAUGCCCAACAGAUGGAGCUUCAUUGACUUCCCUGCAAUAGCGGACACAGAGUACAUGACAAAGUUUGCGUCGACGCUGAACGCCCCUCCAUUAUCGGCCAUGGCAGGAGACCCCAACCGCCCGUCCCCACGCUUCAUCAAGUCGCAUCUGCCCAUGUGCAUGAACAACCCGCGCCUUCUCGACGUCUGCAAGGUCGUCUACGUGGCCAGAAACCCAAAGGACGCCUGCGUCUCCUACUACAACCACAACAGACUAAUCCGCUGUCAUGAAUACAUGGGUGACCUGGAGCUCUUCAUGGAAUACUUCAUGAAAAGCAAUAUCGUGGAAACUCCAUUCCUUGAACACAUGAUCGAAGCAUGGAACUUGCGUCAUCACCCCAACAUGUGCUUUAUCUUCUUCGAAGACAUGAAGCGCGACCUGAAGUCAGAGAUCCGCAAGGUGGCCAAAUUCCUCGGCAAAUCGUUCUCGGAUGAGGAGAUUGCGAAGCUGGCGAGCCAUCUGCACAUCGACAACUUCAAGAAGAACCCGUUCGUUAACUCCGAGUUCGGCAAGCAGAUCGGCUUCAUGCAUCAGGACCGCGGGAACUUCAUCCGGAAGGGCAAGACCGGCGACUGGAAGAACCACUUCACCCCGGAGAUGAACGCCAAAUUCGACCGCUGGAUGGCCGACAAGAUGAGGGGAACUGAUCUGCGGUUCGUGCAGGAGCUGGACCGGCAGGACUGAUGUCGGACGGCACCAGGUGCCGGCGAUGGCUCGGGCGGAACCGCAGGCCCGGCCCGGUCAGGCGCCGUCCGUCAGCGCUGCAGAGGAGGCGCAGGUUAGACAACCAUAGCAGCGUGUGACGCCAGCCGCAGUAGCGUGCGACGCCAGCCACGGCAGCGUGCGACGCCCGCCACGUUAGCGUGUGACGCAAGCCACGGUAACGUGUGACGCCAGCCACGGUAGCGUGCGACGCCAGCCACGGUAGCGUGACACCAGCCACAGUAGGUGACGCAAGCUACGAUAGCGUGUCAUGUGACCGAAUGGUAACGUGCGCUUUUCCGCUGCUGGUACCAGUUUCGCAAUAUGAGUGGCUGCCCCGGGACAGCAAUGUAGAGAACUCGCAGGCCCGUCCGAGCUGGAACGACGGCGAAUCGCGAGACCAAAUGAGAAAAACUGCGAACCAACAAUACUGACGUGAUUGGUCACUAACCAGGCGGAGUUCUGUCAUCUCAAUCCUCCUGUCGUAGUAGCACAUAGGAAAUAAAUACGUAGUCAGGUA